GGGUACCCGGGCGGCACCUUGGACUGAACUGACGCUUCUGAUCCUGAUCCCGAGGAGGCAAACGAUAUUAAAAUGAAUGAGAGCAGAAAGGAUAGCGUCGAUUCAAGAAGUUCCACGCCUAAAGCCUCCAGAGGAUUCACACCAAGGACUAGAAGUUUUGUGGAGCCAGAGAAAGUCAAACCGCUCCCAGGUGGCAAAACAAGUGGUAAAAAGAAAAAACAUGGAAGGAAAGGAGAGGACAUAUUACAUACUCCUGAUGGUUCACUUGAAGGCAUUGUUCCUCUUUUUCUUACCUCAAAGACUCAGGAAAUCUUCCAUUGUAUAAUUGCUGAGGAUAUCAUGGAAGAAAGGCCCUACAUGUUUAUCAAAAAAGAAGAUAUCAUUCGUGACAUGAAUGAAAGACAAGCUAUCUCCGAUUUCCACCCAAUCAAACAAACUAUUCUUGACUACCCAGAGGAAGAAAUUCUGCUUGUGUAUGAUAAAGAUUUUUCACAUGGCCAAAAUUUCUACAUUGCUGCAAGUGAGGCGAUGAAGUUGAAAACUAUUAAAAUGUUAGACCAGAAAACUGAGGAAGAGGAAGAAGCUUAUGUAACCAAAUUCUCAGAUUUCAAACCCUGGGUUUCUUUGGGCAGCGGAAUUGAAAUUGAACAUGAAAUGGUGAAAGAAUCUGAAACUAAGCUGAAGUUUAGAAUUUCACGAAUCCGCAAAGAGUUCGGAUCCAAAGUGCUUUUUACUGAUCGUAGUGCAUCUGCGGCAAAGGAUAGUUAUGUGGAAUGUGCUUCCUAUCCAGACUCGAGCUUCAGCCUUAAAAUGAUGGAGAGGGAUGUGGGGGUACAGGCUGUUGCACAGUUGCAAGAAACUAACACGCAGACUAAAUGGACUUACCCAAGGAAUGCUUGCACCCAGAGUGUGGCUCGAGAGUUCACAGAGGAGGGGAAAAAAGAACAUUUGGAAAGUAAAGACUUCAAAGAUUUCAUCAACUCGGUUUCCUUAAGGUUUGAAAUAGCUUUGCAGCAAAAUGAGAUCAUGGAUGUGUUCUACAACGACUGGAAAGGUCUUUCAGAUGAAGAAGCCACAUUUGGGGGAAAAGCAGACAGCCACUUAAAGGAGUACCAGUCCUUCACAGACAUACGCCACAGCAAAGGAAAGCGAAUCAGCCACAUCGAAUGGCAUCCAAUAUUCACUGGAAUAGUUGCCGUCUCUAUCGUGGAGAACAUUUCCAUGGAGGACAAGAUUAACUUAAACAUGAAACCAUUUGCAGACGCUUCAUAUAUUCUUUUCUGGAAUUUUAAUGAUCCCAUAAACCCUCAGGUAAUCCUGGAGUGCCCGGAAGACAUAUACAGCUUUCAGUUUUGUCCAACUGAUCCAAAUGUCAUUGCUGGAGGCUGUAAAAAUGGACAGGUGGUGCUGUGGGACAUCUCUUUAUUUCAGGACAAGUUACACAAUAACAGAGCUGGAGGGAAGACCGAUGUCAAAGCUAACUUAUUGCCUGAUCUUGACGAAGCACAGAUGGAGGAGUUACCCGUUGUUCGAUACUGUGCUGUGUCAGCAAUAGAAUAUAGCCACAGUUUCGCCAUUACUGACUUAUGCUGGCUCCCAAAUCAUUUUGAGGUGACAAGGCUUGGUACUCCUUCUGAGAGUAAAGACCGUAUUUGUGUUCAACUCAUCACAUGCUCUCCUGAUUGUAAUGUGUUAUUUUGGGACGUUCGACACCCAAAAGUCUUAGCACGAUCAAUGCUGGACAAAAGGAAAGGAGAUGAAAAGGAGCUGGAAAAUCCUGAUGGAAUACCCGAUACAUUUAAGCACCUAGAUCUCUGCUGGUCCCCUCUACUUUCGAUGACAUUACCUAGAAUUGCGAACAUUGGAGAAUACAGUCCUUUGAAAAUCAGCAUUGGCGAGAACAUCAAGGAAAAGGUCCAUGUUGAUAAACCAACUCACGGUAAAGUGUUCAACAUAAGUGUGUUGGACUACUCCAGCCUUCGUGUUCCCUCAAUCAGAAACCUGAAAACCCUGGAUAAUAUUAAUACAUUUUCCUUUAUAGGAACAGAAGAUGGUGAAAUUGUUUAUACAGACUGGCGGGUGGAAAAAGACAGCGAUACGGGAAAACUGAUUAGUCCUUCGCCAUCUCACUGUUUUUCAGUCCACGAUGGUCCAGUAGAGAUUGUACAAAGAUCCCCUUUCUUCAAUGACAUUAUUCUGUCUGUUGGAGGUUGGACAUUUGCCAUUUGGAAAGAAGGUGUUUUUAUUGGUCCACUUUUCCAUUCAGCGUGCUCUCUUAAACGGUGUACUUCUGGACACUGGUCCCUCUCGAGACCUGGGGUUUUCCUGAUUGGAAAAGAGAACGGGAACAUUGAAGUUUGGGAUCUACUGGAAAAGACACACGAACCCUCACAGAUACAGAAUAUCUCCUCGGCUCCAAUAACUUGCAUCAAACCCUCGAUUUUCUCGCCAAAGCAGCACUUUCUGGCGGUAUCAGAUGGCGCAGGUACAUUGCUCAUUCUCGAGGUGCCCUGGACUAUACGCCAUUCAUCAAAUCAUGAAAAAGCUAACAUUCAAAAUUACUUUGAGAGAGAAGUGAAACGCUUGGAAUAUUUUGCUGCCAGAAAAAAAACAAGAGUGAAGGAGCCAGUAGAAGAACCGGAGACAAAGGAACCGGUCUCAGCAGCAGAGAAGCUAGAAGAAAUAAAAGAAUUUCAAAAGGCAUAUGAGGCUUAUUUGGAGUUGGAGAAACAAAUACUUAUGGAACUCAAAAAAGAAAAAAUAUUGGAUACAGUAACAGAAAAGUAACAGUUAACUAUCAAUUUUAAUUGACAGUUGAAAUUUGUUUACGCAAACUGGUUAUUUACUCAAGGUUUACUUAAAAUGUUUAAAAUCCUUUAUUUGAAACGAAGAUAAAUGGUAUGUAGGAAAUA